ACGAAACUAGUAGUGACACUUUAGAAGAAUUCGUAAAUGAUACAAAUGACUCCCGUUCAGUUAAUAGUGAUAAAUGUAGUGAACUAAAAGCUUGGGCCAUAAGAAAUAAUAUACCCCAAAACGCCCUGACCGAUUUGCUGCAAACCUUGAUUAAAAUAGGUUGUGGAACGGAGUGACAUGUUGGCCCAAAACCAACUUAUUAGGGAAUGUAAAGUGAUGCUGAAAAAGGUUCAGCAGUCGGUUUGUUAUAUGACCGGAGAAACUGAGGACGAAAACAUUCGCGAAAUUUCUUCUCUACUCCCUCUCAAUUCUAAGGAAACUGCGAUUCAAAUGGAAGAAAAAGUUAGUAACGCCGAAUAUAGACAGGCACUGUCAACCUAUAUUUAUAAAUUGAAGGGGCCGUCGGGAUGCCUAAACGACGUGAUUCGUAAGUUGUUUACGGAUGAGUUUUUGCAACACUACAAUUGGGACGGGCGAUGGGAGAGGGAAUCGUUACCGCAAAUGAAAUUAGUUGACGAGAUCUUAUUUGACGUAUUUAAAUCUGAAGGACGAUUACCUUUCGAAAAAAGUGUAAAAAAGUCUAUUGACUUAGCUCACAACCGGCUGAAGCAAAAAAUCCGACUAACGGAACAAAACCAAAAAUAACUUCAAUUUUAUUUUAUUAACCAUACUACUUUCAUAUUUAGUAUAGUAAGUUUAGAAAGUAAGCUAUCGCAUAUCAACGCGAUUUUUUAGAGAUUUGAAAUUUGCACAUUAUUAUACUAAAAUUUAAUGGCCUAUAAAACUGCAUACCUGGAAUCUCUUAAGAAAUUCGUAUUAAAAAGUUCGCGAAUUUGCUGAAACUUUCCACAUUUUUCUUAAUUUUUGUACACACUAUCAUUCUUGGAUUUAAAUGGGAUUUGCUGAAACAUAAGCCAU